AUUCUAGCCAACCAUCCAUGUAGUUUGAGCCCCGAUGAGCGACAGUGGUGACACAGGGAGCAGAACAUGGAUCAACACCUCAGCCGACCGACAUGGAGCAGGCAGAUAGAGUUCACUCUGGCCGGCAUUGGCGCUGCUGUGGGGCUUGGCAACGUGUGGAGGUUCCCCUAUCUCUGCUACAGGAGUGGAGGAGGUGCCUUUCUGGUGCCAUACCUGUUCAUGCUGGUGGUGUUGGGAAUCCCUCUGCUCCACAUGGAGCUGACUGUGGGCCAGUACACGAGGAGAGGGCCUGUCCAUGCUCUGAUUAAUGUCUGCCCACUGCUGAAAGGCGUGGGUGUGGCAUCAGUGGCAAUCUCCUUCAUAAUGUGCACCUACUACAACAUUGUCAUCACCUGGGCUCUUUACUAUCUCUUCAGCUCCUUCCAGGCACCGCUGCCAUGGCAGAGCUGCAACAACACCUGGAACACACCUAACUGCACCAACCAUGCCACCAACAGCAGCUACUCCUCCACAGCCAGCCAGGAGUUCUUCAAAAUUAAGAUGCUUGAGCAGACCAGUGGAGUGGAGGAGGCAGGAGAGAUACGCUGGGAGCUUCUCCUCAUCCUCAUUCUGGCUUGGAUCCUCAUUUACCUUUGUAUCUUCAAGGGAGUGAAAUCAACAGGCAAGGUGGUGUACUUCACGGCUCUGUUCCCGUACGUCAUCCUGAUUGCCCUGCUCAUCAAUAACGUGCAGCUUCCUGGCGCAAUAGAUGGAAUAACCUUCUUCAUUGUGCCAAAAUGGGACAAGCUGCUCUCAGUGGAGGUGUGGGUGAACGCUGCAGCUCAGAUCUUUAACUCCAUUGGGAUUGGUUUCGGCUCCCUCAUGGCCAUGUCCAGCUACAAUUCCUUCAACAACAAUAUUCUGAAGGACACCCUGACUAUAAGUAUCAUCAACUCCCUCACCAGUAUCCUGGCAGGCUUCGUCAUUUUCUCCGCCUUUGGAUACAUGUCUUAUCUUCAGGGCAUUCCUGUCAGCGAUCUGGCUGUGGACGGUCCAGGACUGGUUUUUGUCAUUUACCCACAAGCCUUUGCCAACAUGCCUGUGCCUCAGCUCUGGGCUGUGUUGUUCUUCUUCAUGCUGCUCUGCCUCGGACUGGACAGUGAGUUUGCGAUGGUUGAAGUGAUGGUGACCAGUCUGAUGGAUCAAUACUAUCAGCAGCUGAUAGGAUUUUUUAAGAGGCAGGAGCUGUUUGUUCUCGCUGUCUGUGGUGCAGCCAGCCUUUUAGGAAUUCCUUGUGUCAUGCAGGUGGGAAUAUUUAUUUUUCAGCUGAUGGACCAUUACACUGCGAUCGUGUCCAUCAUGUUUCUUGCUUUCUUUGAGGUUGUAGCAAUCUGUUGGUGCUAUGGUGUGAAGCGACUUUCAGACAACUUGGAAGAGAUGACAGGGAAGAGAGCAAAUAUCUUCUUCAGACUGUGCUGGCUGAUAGUUGCUCCUGCACUGAUCGCUGUCCUCCUCAUUUUCUCCAUCAUACAAUUCAAACCAGCCCGCUACGAGGACUACGUCUUCCCUCCCUGGGCUCAGGGUGUCGGGUGGGUCAUUGCCAUGGCUUCCAUCAUCUGGAUUCCCCUGGGUGCAGUUCACACAUUGUGGGUGCUGCCUGGCUCAUUCAUGCAGAAACUGAAGCUCUCGAUCACACCGCACAGCCUGAAUGAGAAGACAAAAAAGAGCUAUGAUGAGAGGGGAGGAAACGAUGCAUAUCCAGUCAUGGCUGUCAUCAGCUCCAACUCUCUUGUGACUGAAAAAUCUCAAAUUCAGACAAACCUCUGAUACCUCAUGAUGUUCACACUGCCACCAUCAUCUGCAGGUUUAACUUCAUCUCGAAGUGUUUUGCUAUUAGUCUUAAAUCUUGAACAAACUUCCGGUAAAGAAUUAAGCAUAUUUAUGCCACUUAAACUAUUGCAUGAUUGUGGAAACUUGUUGCUGCAUGUAGAUUAUUUUAAAUGGACAUUUUUUUAAGCAUGUGAAUUUAAUUUGAGAAUUUUGUCAAACGUCCGGUGACUGUUUUGUUCGUUUAUAUGAUUUUGUGGACAGACACGUGUUAAGAAUCGGUUAUUGUUGAGGCAUCCUCAACAUCUGGCCUGCAUUUCCUCUGGCGUGAGAGCUCCAAAGGACAAAGGAGGGGACUCAAGACUUGAUAUAUACACAAACCAGACUGGUCUCUUGUGGACUUGACUUUGCUGAGGGUGCCAUCUCUUGGCCGCAUAAAUUAAUGCAGAUCGACAAAUCUGUGAUCAGGGGCCUUUAUUUAAUUCAGUAUCUAGUUUUUAGCUAAUAACAUUAAACUAUUUAACAUCCAUAGUUCAAUACCAAGCUUCAGCUGUAAGAACCAGUUCCCUUUGAUCAUAUUGCACCGUAGAAUUAAUUGUGGCUGACUCAUUUAUUAGGUCAAAAACAACAGAGCACUUCGGAUAAGAGAUUACGCUGCUGCUUAACAGAUGAUUACAUGGAUCAUGGAGCUCUCAUGUCAUGUCAUGAUGUCUAAUAAAAACAUGUCACAACGUCCAAAGAUCGCUGCAUUUCUGCAAUGACAAGCUGACGCAUGCAGUCUGGUGAACACAUCACAACACGACU